AUGAGGAAUGGAAAAUCACAGGUGGAUUUGUCCCUGCAUAAUAACCAGCCCACGCUCAAUACUUCUACAGGCUUGAAUAUCCAGGCCCUGGACACUUGCUCAGAGGGACUCAGAAAAAUUCCAAUAUCCAAUCAGCCUAAGGAUGUUCAAAAACCAGUGAAGCCAGCUGAUAAAGUUUGCACUGACACCAGCUGUCAGCCUCUGGACUACACAGGCCCAGAUUGGUUUCAGUUUGAUGACAAAGGGAUGAUUCUGCCUCACAGCAUCUUAGGAAGUUUGGAGGAGUUUAGAAACUACCUUGAGGCCAAAGGAGAGACAGAACUGCUGAAACGAAUACCAAAGGAACAGAGUGAUCACUUUUUUAAAACCUCAGGAAAACGAGGGAAUGUUGAGGAUGAGCUUAAGAUUCCUUCAGGCCAGAGAAAUACUCAAGCUAAUGCCUUGGAGCACUGGCAGGUGCAUAUGAGGCAGCGCAGACAGCAGCAGGAUUUUUUAUCUGGCUUACUGCACAGGCCAGUUGAAAAUCUACUGAUGAAUCAAGCUAACAGUUUCAGACAAACUCAGGAGCAGAGGGAAGCCACGCCUCUCAUCCACUCUGGAUAUGGUUAUCGCGUUUGUAGCGAGUUUUGGAGUCUUCCCCAGCGUUAUGGGGAUGAAAUGAGUGGCAUCACAGCUACACUGACUAAAACAGAGCAGGGCAUACGGGAACCCGUCACAUGGAUCGGACAGCCACGCAGCAUUCAUCAGGAAUCAGGACUCAUUCACAGUGAUACAGUGCGUCCUGCAUCUCGGACUUGGGACAAGAAAGCAUACCCGAAGCACCAAUGCCAAGAGUAUGGUGAAGUUGUACAGAACAUGGACAUCAAAAAACCGGACAUAGAAAGACUGGAGGUAAUUGGCUGUGGUAAGCCACAUUGCAGCCCCAUAGUGAACAAGGAAAAAGAGGACAAGCAGCAAAAGGAGAAGGAGAAACUUGAUCUGCAGACAGACGAUGAUGUUCAGCCAGAGGUUAUGCAUAUUCCAGCCUUGAGGUUCUGUGGUAAGCUUGCUACCUGGACUGGAAACUCUACCACACAUCAGGGAGAGGUGGGAAUCAGUGCCAGAAUGUUCUUUGAGUCCCUGACGGGACAAAUAAGUGUGUCCAACAUGGAGCUGCACAAUGAGGGAAGCACAGCCAUCUUCUACAACUGGCAGCAGAUUCCACUGCCACAAUACCUUCCCCACUUGCUGUCAAAAAAGAGGAAGAGGACGUAUUUCUACUUCAACCCCUCCCCUGGUGUAAUCAGUCCAGGUGAAACCCAGAAAGUGGAGAUAAUUUUUAAGUCAGAGGAACCUGGUGUAAAAACUGAAUUGUGGCAACUGAAUACCCAUCCUCUGCUGCUACAAGGAGCCUCCAUACAGGUUACAAUGAGAGGAGUGGCACUAUAUGAGGACAAAUAUGAAGAAGAGAGGCUGCUGUUUGAGAGGAGGCUAGAAAAGAUUGUAACGGAAAAAAUAUGUCGGUCAAUUGUGGAAGAGAUAGUGCAAGGCAUUCACACCCCUGAGAGACCCAGUUCUCCUGCAGAGCUCUACAAGACCGAAGAGCAAGAAUUUCUGUGCAAAAAUCCCAAGAUGCAGUACUCUGAGCAGCCUGUGGAUGGCCUAAAGAGUCUAUGGCAGGCAGCAAACCCAGGAGCCUCCUGGGAUCUCUGUGUCAAUACAUUACGGCAGGUUUUACUGGAUCUACCUGAUGAUGAGUCAACUCACACCUCCCUCAACAGAGAGAAGGGUCUGGCCCAGCUUAACUCCCUCAUUCUACAGCUUUCAGAGCCUUUACCCAAGUAUCACCCUCCGACAGUAGUAACUCUAUGGAAGCAGCUGUGGAGGAAACAGCUGGACACGAUGGAAACUGAGGCUGUGCACUUGAGACGCCUGCUGGGUCUCUCAGAGAAGGACACAUGGAUGGACAAAAAGGAUGAAUCCAUAAUAUCAGACUCUGAUAUGGCCGACAGUACAAGUAAAACUGACAAGAGUGACAAAAAGCGAGGAACACCUGUUAAGGAGGGAAGGAGCAUGGCAAGAUCCAGAGUCAAGGAUGACAGCAAAGGAGAAUCCAAGUCAACUGAGGAGAUCAGAAAGAAGGGACACAGUGAGGAAAAACGAGGAAAAGAUACAGGCUCAGUAACAGAUGUACAUCACCAGAGCAUGAUUCAACAGUGCUCUGAUGACCAAAGUGUAGAUUCAAAGAUGAAGGACAUUUACCCAAGACUCCUGCGCCAAAAGGUGUAUGCACUGAUAGAAGAGCUGAUGGACAAUCUGUGUGACCUGUAUGAUGAGCCUUAACCCUUAAAGACCUAAACAGUCACUGGAAACCA